UAACCUUCUUUUAUUAUUUUUCCAUAUAAAUAAACCUCUUAACCUCCUACUUCUCACCCAUCACAUAAUCCUCUCAAAACAGAGAACCCCAAAGAACAAAGAAAAAAAAACAGAGCAAUCUAAAUAUAUCUAAGAGAUUUCAAGAAAAUGGGAUCAACGGCGGAGACACAGAUAACUCCGGUACAAGUCACCGACGACGAAGCUGCCCUCUUUGCCAUGCAGCUAGCGAGUGCCUCCGUUCUUCCGAUGGCUUUAAAAUCGGCUUUAGAGCUCGAUCUUCUCGAAAUCAUGGCCAAGAACACUAAACCGAUGUCUCCCUCUGAGAUCGCUUCUCAUCUUCCGACCAAAAACCCCGAAGCUCCGGUCAUGCUCGACCGUAUCCUCCGUCUUCUUACGGCUUACUCCGUCCUCACCUGCUCCAACCGUACACUCCCCAACGGAGACGGUGUCGAGAGGCUUUACGGGCUUGGUCCGGUUUGCAAGUACCUGACCAAGAACGAAGAUGGUGUUUCGAUUGCUGCUCUUUGUCUUAUGAACCAAGACAAGGUUCUCAUGGAAAGCUGGUACCAUUUGAAAGAUGCAAUUCUUGAUGGUGGGAUUCCAUUCAACAAGGCUUAUGGAAUGAGCGCGUUCGAGUACCACGGGAAGGACCUUAGAUUCAACACUGUCUUCAACAAUGGAAUGUCUAACCAUUCAACCAUCACCAUGAAGAAGAUUCUCGAGACCUACAAGGGUUUUGAAGGAUUGACUUCUUUGGUUGAUGUUGGUGGUGGCAUUGGUGCUACUCUCAAAAUGAUUCUCUCUAAGUACCCUAACCUUAAAGGCAUCAACUUUGAUCUCCCACAUGUCAUCGAAGAAGCUACUUCUCAUCCGGGUAUUGAGCAUGUUGGAGGAGAUAUGUUUGUUAGUGUCCCCAAAGGUGAUGCUAUUUUCAUGAAGUGGAUAUGCCACGAUUGGAGCGAUGAACACUGCGUGAAGUUCUUGAAAAACUGCUACGAGGCGCUUCCAGAAGAUGGAAAAGUGAUAUUGGCUGAGUGUAUACUUCCAGAGACACCAGACUCGAGCCUCUCGACCAAACAAGUGGUCCAUGUUGACUGCAUCAUGUUGGCUCACAAUCCCGGAGGCAAAGAACGAACUGAGAAAGAGUUUGAGGCAUUAGCCAAAGGAUCAGGCUUCAAAGGCAUCAAAGUUGUUUGCAACGCCUUUGGUGUUUACAUCAUUGAAUUGCUCAAGAAGAUCUAGGAAAACAAAAAUGAAGUCCAAACAUUAUUCUCAUGUGUCUACGUCUACUUCACCCACCUUUGUUGUUAAACUAUGAUGUUUAAUAAUGGUUUUGUUAAGAAAUUGGUUUAGAGUUUGCAUUGAUAUUGUGUACCUUUUUUUUUUUGUUUCUUGGAAAAUUAUGUAACUAAAGUAAAAUAAAAUAAUGAGAUUACUAUUGAGAGAUCUCUAUUAUUGAAUGAAAAA